AUGUCGUUAAGCAAGUCAUGCAAGUUUUUGGCGGCGACGGAUGGACGGGACAAGCUCUACAAAUUCUUCCACUACGGAGCACGAUUCCUCUCCUGGUUCUGCCUCAACACGGCCAACAACGCCCAGUGGGCGAAAUAUUGGAGCAACAUCGACUCAGUCAUGUCGGAUGGCCGCAAGUUGCUGCGGCUGUUCAAGUUCCUGAGCGAAAUAGAGAAGCUCGGCACCAUUCGGGAAGCGAGGCCGAUGCUGCUUGUGGCGAACCUCCUGAAGACGCUGGGCAUGGCCGGCUACUUCUUCUUCAACAACCUGUCGUGGGCCAUGAAGUUCAACAUCGUCUCCGGCGACGAGAAGAAGUGGGGCAAGCUCUCCUUCUGGGCGUGGACCGUGGGCCUUCUGUUCGCCCUCGUCCUCGACGUCGUCAAGUACCGUGAGAACAGCAGGCGCCAACAGAAGGCCCUCGCCAGCAGCAGCCAGACCGAGCUGGCGCAGCUGAAGAAGGAGCAGCGGGAACUGGAGUACGCGAUGAUCAGGGAGGUGGCCAACCUGCAGAUCUCGACGUCACUGGUGGAGAUCAACCCCAUCAAGAGCGCGGGCGUGGUGGGACUCGCGGGUGUGGUGGAGGCCGGUCUCGCCUCCUACCAGAUCUGGAAGAAGUGCUGA